AUGAGAGUUGCCGAGGUUCUCUCCGAUUUCCGGACCUUGCAGUUCUACAUCGCAGCGGCGCCUUCGGAACCAGCCAACAUGGAAGACUACUGGACCGAGGGUUGGGCGGCACUGCGGCAAUGCUCUCUCGACGGGCAGCACAUCCUCAACUGCGCGGCCGACACGAGUGUUCCGCAGGCAAGCGGCGGGUCGGUCGAACAGGACAAGGCCGAGUUGAAGCAGUGUUUGCUUGAUGCCUUUGCCAGAAGGCACGAGUGUCAAAAGAUCUACUUACGCCAGGCUGCUGCCCAGCGGUGGAUCAGCCACCGGGAUAGCAUCCUGCAAGGCGAAAGGCCGAACUCAAGGAACGAGUCUCAGCUGAGAGUGUGUGAUCAACGGUUGAGAACUGAGCUCUCGAUGGUCACCGACGAUGCGAUUUAUGCUGAGCUACAUGCCUCUGACUACGCAAUGGGCCGCUGGACGGCCGAGGACCCCAGCUUGCGAGGCGUACAGCGCUGGCUCCGCGCUCGACGACCUGCAGCAUGA